GCUUAAGAUAAUGACAACGCUCAUUGGACUAGACAAGUGGAACUAUAGUCAAAGAUGACGUGGGAUAUAGCUUGGCAUGGACUGAUUCUCACAAAGUUGCAUCCCCGGAUAGCGGGUCGGUCGUUACUGCGGUACAUACACACACGCUAUGUUUGCUAGUGGGUAGCUUGUACCCUGGAGGUGCGCUUGCCUGGCGUAGAGACAGGUUCGGCUAUGUGCAGAGAAAGACACAGCUUGCGUCAGAGCCUCACCCAUCGGGCCCGUCGUCUCAGUCAGUUAUGAAGUGACAAGCCACAAAUUGUUCAAAUGGCGGGCGUGGGGUCUUCCUGAGCGGAGAUCUCUUCACGAUUUAUAUAACCCCCAGCUCUCCUCCCAUCCCGCCUCGGUUUGCACUGACCUCACCUCCGAGCCUUGCGCCUUCCCACACCAGUCCUUGUCCACUUUCCCUCACUACAGAUCUUUGGGUGUCCGCUAAGUCAAGGCACAAUGGUUGGACUGCUCGCCUCGGUUGCCCUCCUCGGGUUCUUGGGAUCCGUCUCAGCCAAUGGAUGCCCAUUUGCUGCUUCGAAUGAGCUCCGCGCUCGAGUUGACGAGACCACUGACGACUACCUGGCCCAGUUCACCGUCGAUGACAGCGAGGGCUUCAUGACGGACGAUGUCGGUGGUCAGAUCGCCGACCAGGACAGUCUCAAGGCUGGCAUUCGCGGGCCUACCCUUCUGGAGGAUUACAUCUUCCGCCAGAAGAUUAUGCACUUCGAUCAUGAGCGAGUCCCCGAGAGAGCGGUUCACGCGCGUGGCGCUGGUGCUCACGGCACCUUCACCUCGUAUGGCGACUGGAGCAACCUCACUGCUGCCUCUUUCCUGAGCAGCGAGGGCAAGCAGACACCCACCUUCGUUCGUUUCUCCACUGUAGCGGGAUCGCGAGGAAGCGCCGACACAGCCCGUGACGUCCAUGGGUUUGCUACUCGGUUCUACACCGACGAGGGCAAUCUCGAUAUUGUUGGUAACAACAUCCCUGUUUUCUUCAUCCAGGAUGCCAUCCGCUUCCCUGAUCUCAUCCACUCGGUUAAACCCAGCUCAGACAAUGAGAUUCCCCAAGCUGCGACGGCUCAUGACUCGGCAUGGGACUUCUUCAGUUCACAGCCAAGCACGAUGCACACGCUGUUCUGGGCCAUGGCCGGAUUUGGAAUUCCCCGGUCCUACCGCCACAUGGACGGAUUCGGUGUUCACACUUUCCGCUUGGUCACGGAUGAUGGCACAUCGAAGCUGAUCAAGUGGCACUGGAAGACCAAGCAGGGACGAGCUAGCUUGGUUUGGGAGGAAGCCCAAAUUCUGGCUGGCAAAAAUGCCGACUUUCACCGGUCCGACCUUUGGGACGCUAUCGCGUCCGGAAAUGGCCCUGAGUGGGAGUUGGCCGUGCAGGUUGUUGACGAGGACAAAGUAUUAGCUUAUGGCUUCGAUCUGUUGGAUCCCACCAAGAUCAUCCCCGAGGAGUUGGCGCCCCUGCAGAAGCUUGGAGUGAUGAAGUUGGACCGAAACCCGACCAACUAUUUUGCUGAGACCGAGCAGAUCAUGUUCCAGCCUGGGCACAUUGUUCGAGGAGUCGACUUCACUGACGACCCCUUGUUGCAAGGACGCAUCUUUUCGUACCUCGACACGCAGCUAAACCGCCAUGGCGGUCCCAACUUCGAGCAGCUGCCCAUCAAUCAGCCCCGUAUUGAUGUUCACAACAAUAACCGGGAUGGUGCCGGCCAGAACAUGAUCCACAGCAACAAGUACCCUUACUCUCCCAACACGCUCAACGGCGGUAAUCCCAAGCAAGCAACUCAGUCCACGGGCCGUGGCUUCUUCACCGCUCCCGGCCGAACCGUGACAGGCAAUCUCGUCCGAGCUCUGUCUUCGACUUUCGACGAUCAUUGGAGCCAGCCGCGCCUGUUCUACAACUCGCUCACGCCCAUCGAGCAGCAGUUCCUCAUCAACGCAAUCCGCUUCGAGUCGAGCAACCUCCAAUCCGCCGCCGUGAAGCAGAACGUGCUCACUCAGCUCAACAAGAUCAGCAACGACAUCGCCACUCGCGUUGCUGCCGUCCUGGGCCUGGACGCACCCGCCCCUGACGACACGUACUACCAUGAUAACACCACGGCGGGUAUCUCUAUCACCAAUGGCACCUUGCCCACGGUUGCUACCCUCAAAGUCGGCAUCCUGGCCACCACCAAGAACCUGGGACAAGCCACCACGCUGCGGGAACGCUUAGCUGCCGAUGGGCUCGUCGUGUCCGUCGUCGCCGAGACCCUGACUGCGGGCGUUGACAAGACGUACUCACUCUCCGACGCGACCGAUUUCGACACCGUCGUGCUUGAUUCCGAGGCCAUCGCCGCCGGCCUGUUCGGCGUCAACUCCAGCUCGACGUUUUACCCACAGGGCCGCCCGCUGCAGAUCGCACAUAUGGCUUUCCUGUUCGGCAAGCCGAUCGGCUCGUUUGGAGACGUGACUGCCAGCGAGACGUUGGCCUCGGUGGGUGUUACCGCGGGGCAGGACGGCGUGUACGAGGGCUCGGAUCUGGAGGCAUUUGUUUCUGAUGUCAAGGAUGGGCUUAAGACGUUUAAGUUUACAGAUCGGUUUGCGUUGGAUUCGUGAAGAUGGAAUUAUUGGCGAAAAGAGGGGGUGUUUUGCGGCUUGAUGAAAUUCUUCUGCGACUUUGAAAGAGCAAAGUCGGCUUUUAGAUAAUAGGUGGCCACCACAUGGCCUUUGAACUGCGAUGAAUCUAUAAUGUAUUGAAACAUGAAAUCAGAUAAGUGGAAUUGUGCCCGUCUGCAAGUCACGGUUUGAUAAGUGGCUCCAUAGUAGGAUUAUGCUAUGAAACGCA